UUGUUUACACUUUUUAUCAUCAAGUAUAUUAAACAGCUGAUGUAUCCGUCUCUGUUUUCUUUGUCUUUCUGUAAGUUCGAUUUAUCGGUAAAAUGCCAGAGAGUGUCAGACCUCAACACACUGAACUUCCAGCUGUGACAGUGGUAUGUAGCGUGCUGAUUAUGAUUAUCUUGCUCACUGCUCAGGUGACAGUUGGAGCACAGUACCAAGAUGACUGUCCAAGGCAGCCUUUUAUCCCCAUCUAUUUGCAAGGAUUUGUAGCCAUCUUCUUCCUCUUGUGGUGGUGCAACAAAUGUGACAUGUGCAAUGUGGUCUGUUACUGCGUGACCGCCGUCUUCUUCUUUUGCUGGUUCAUUGCUGGUAGUAUCGCGAUCUACUCCAUCUACGAACCCAACUACGACAAGAACACAACACAAGCUGAUUCCUACUGCAACAAGACACUCUACCUGUUUGCUUUCUGCAGCACCACCUUGACCUAUGUCCUGUUAGGUCUGGUCCUCUUAUGCUGUUGCUGUUGUAAGCAACAAAAGCAGGAUGAUGAUACACAAACGCUGUUGCAGGCAUAAAUAAAUUUGGAUUGAAAUAAAAGAACUCACAAGAAUA